GCCCAUCGUCGGCGAGUUCGAGAAUUCGGUUCAGUCCCACCACUUUCAGACUCCGGUGGUUGUCGGGGGGUUUAGCACAAGUUGCCGCAGCCUCAGCUACUCACGGCACGGACGAGGAGUACAGCCCAAUUCUGUAAUCACCUCGUCGCCUCAAAACGACUUUCGUCGCAUCGAACACGAUUCUGCUUGUGACAGCAGGGGUCAUCCUGUCAAAAGGGGUCUCUGUUGUGGCGUAUGGCACACACACAUAAAGGCGCACAACCGCAGUGUUCAUCAAAGGUUCACGAAGGUCACAUUCAAGAUCGACAAGCGGGCGAUGACUGUCGGGCGCGAUCCCACAACCUCACAAUUCCAUUGUCCGCGGUGCGACAAAGCGUACGAACAGGCUGCUGGCUUACGCUGGCACACACGCAGAAACAUAGACUGCCGUCUGGAUGAUACGCGAUCAUACGCGAGGCGCGGGAUGGGCAGAUUCCAGCUUCGGAUCGACGCCCGUGGGUCUUCAGCAGCGGGUGCGGAGCCAGCAAGUGGUGGCGAAUAUGAAGCAGAUACUGCUAGUGGGUCGCGUCCUCUUCGACACGGUGGGCCACAUACAACUCGGACUCAGCGGGCUCUCGUGCGCGGAUACUGGAAGGAUGAGUAUACCGUGCAUCAGAUCGGGGAGUAUAUGAAUCUCAGCCAAAAAGCCGUAUGGCGCGCAUCAAGAACGAUCAGGCGACAAUCUUAUCGAGACGAGAGCUACCGUGACGGCACAGUUGGCGACGUCAUAAACUUGGAAAGCCUCCCGUCAGACAUCGAGCCGCAGGAUGAAGCUGUGGUCAAGGUCGAAGAUGCCCAUAUGGAUGAUAUGGAUGAGACAAUUGAUUUGGAGAUGCUGCUCCCCAAGGAAGAGCCAGAUGACUCGGAUGUGGAAGUCGAAGUGCUCAUUGCUGAGCCAACCGCGCGCGGUGCAAGCAGAGAGUCCAUACGACGCAGCCAGCAGCCCUCUCAGCGUCAAUCCUCGUCGGUUGACCCUAUACCUGCCGCUGAUUCAAUCAGUGCAACGACCUUUGCGACGACCUCAUCGAAUACGGCGCGAGUUUUCCGGCUCUCUACUCCUCCCCUAUCCUCACUCCUCGCUGCCGGUCAAAGCUCGCUGCGAAAUGCCGCGCAAAGCUCGCAGGAUGGCGCGGGAAUCUCUGACGCAUCGGAAGCUAGUGGUAGUGGCCCAGGCCGACUGCAUGGGGACACAGAGACGGGUCCUAUAUAUGCAUUCUUGGUACAGCUGAAGCGUCCGCUUGCCCACCUGUCGGACACUUUCGGUGACUUUGGAAUCGUUACGGAAGAGGAUCUGGAUGUUUUGUGCGAAUUACAGGAUCAAUGGAGUUUCCUUCAGGCGUUCUUAGGUGAGGCGAAGAAAACGACAUCCUUCGAAUGGAUGAUCAUCAAGGCGGGCUUGGAAGGACGAGCUGCGACAUUGCGCAAGUGAAGGGGCAGUACUCAUGUCUGUAGCAUAUGGUACUACUGAAGGCUUUGUGUGUACUAUUUGAUGUAAAUACGCCGUUUCGGCCUUAGCUCACAGCGACCCAUCGCCGUAGGAUAUGAUUUUGUAACCGAU